GUUUGGCUACAGUUUGAAAUCUGCGCCACCAGUCGUUAAAAUUGUAAGGAAUAUGUCGAACACAAAAACUGUUGGUAAAGCACGUAAAGCUCUACCGAAACGCCCAGUACCAGAAGGCGAGUCAUCAGAGUCAAGUGAAGAAAUGAAAUCCCCAAGGUCUUCAUCUUUUGACUCCUUAGUGAUCAGUCGACUGGAAGAAAAAGAAGAACUUCAGCAUUUAAAUGAUCGUUUCGCAAAUUAUAUCGAACAUCUUCAUAAAAACAUCUUCAAUAAAGAGUUCAGUGGUCAUAUUGACCUUUUAACAAAUUCUUUAAAAAAUGAAAUGGAUGACUAUGUAAAAGUUUUUUCAAACGAAGUUGAAUUAUUGCGCCGAAAUUUGAAUAAAACUUCACUUGAAUUAACUAAUGCUAAAAUUCAGUUGAAAAAAGCUACAUCUGAUCUAGACGAAACAAUUAAACAACUUGAGCGUUCAAAAGCCAAUGAGACUGAAAUGGGUAAUAAAAUUGCAUCAUUAACUGUUCAACUAUCUCAGUUACAAACUCAACUGGACGUAUGUAACAAUUACAAAACAGAUUAUGAUUCAUUGAUGGAUCAACAUAAAAUGUUAAAAUCUCAGUUGGAAAAUGAAACUCUGUUGCAUACUGAUACCAAAAAUAAGCUACUUACAGCUUUAGAACAAUUAGAGUUUAAAAAUCAACUAUUGGAGAAAGAACGUAAUAUCUGGAAUAGCGAGUCAAUUCAAUCGCAUUUAACGUCUUUAAUCAAAAGUGUCGAAGCAAAUUCUCAUGAUAAACUAUGUCAUUUAUUAUCUGAAAUACGUUCACAAAUGACAAUACAAUAUGAUCAAGCAAAAGAUAAAAUAAAAGAGGGUUUGAAAUCAACUUUAGAUGCAGAAAAAUUACGAUCAAAUUCACUUGAACAAGAUCUUAAAAAUAAAAUAACCGAAUGUCAACGUUUAUCUCAGUUAGUAUCAUCACAGUCAAGUGACUUAUAUAAUUGUCGUCAUGAAUUAGAAGCUACUCGUAAACAACUUAAAGAUUUUGAACAACAAUUAAAAUUUAAUGAAGAUAAAUUACAUGGAAUAAUUUGUCAACAUCGUUCAGAAGUAGAACGUUUAUUAGAACUAUUAACGGAUAAGUCAAGUGAAUGUACUGAAUUAGCUGGAAUAAAAAUUCAAUUAGAUGCUGAACUUGCAAUGUAUAGAAAAUUGUUAGAAGGUGAAGAAUCUCGCCUUCAUCUGUCUCCUACGGAAAAGAUCCUAAAAGGUAAACCAAUUGUUCGAACAAAUAUAACUCCUACCAAACGUACAUAUAGUGACAUGUGUACAUCUUUAUUAACAUCAAAACAACAAUCAACUGGAAGUUGUCUUCAUGAUGUUGAUUUAGAUCAUACAGAUACUAAUAACAUGAUGCAAUCCUAUCCUUUGACAACUGAACGUAAAAUACCAGAAAUUUCAGAUCCACACUCAAAAAUAAUCAACAUCGACUUCAAUUUACGUAGUUUUGGCUUAUCUACAUCUCCUUCAUCAUCAUCAUCAAGUUUAAUUGGAAAUUCUUUACGGAUAACAUGUCGUGCUGAUGGUCCAGUACAUUUCUCUAGCGCAGAUCCUGGAGAGGGUUUACUACGUAUUUACAAUGCUAGUGAAAAUGCUAUUGAUUUAAGUAAUUGGCAUCUGUACGCCGGACCAACUCAUGAAGGUUCAUCGGAUUACGUAAAACUGUAUACAUUUCAUAAAUCUCAAACCUUGCAACCACACACAGAUUUACAAAUUUUUCUUUGCUUCGCAUCUGAACCUUCACAAGUCUCUUCUGCUAAACGCGUUCGUCAUGAUGUUAGUGCAAUUUUGCAUUUAAUCACUCCAGUAUCUGUUUGGAAUCCUUACAGUAGUUUGAUUGCACUUCAAGAUUCAACUGGUUCAGUUCGAGCCACUUGUGAAAUGGAAUCAUGCUCUAGAAAAUCUGGAAAAAUAUCAACACCAGACGUUGUUGCCGUUGAUGAUGAGGAAGACGGUUCAAGUGAUAAAGUUUCCUCAGUCUAUUCAGAUAAUGAUUUCACCUCAAACAAUGAUCCACAACAACAAACUGUUGAAGAUAACAAUUUAAAUAAAUCAGUAGUGAAGAUAACGCGCUUGUCAGAAGAGACAUCUAGGACAUUUCAAAGUCAUGGGGAAUAUUUUGAUUUACCGAAACAUGUUAGUUCGGUACGAUUUCGUAGUGAUAUUUGGCCAAAUGAAUCCCAUUUAUCAAAGGAAGGAUCACGUAAAUAUACGUGUACAUUAUUAUAACUGAUAAGCAAAUAAUUCAUGAAGACCAUCGAUUAUAUUUUGUUCAAUUAUAAAACAGCAUUAUUCAUCGAAACAACCAACCAAAACAUAUACAACACACACACACCAUGAGACGUAUAUACCUGUUGAUCAAUUUGGAUGAAACAAAGUUAUUCUUUUAUAAACUGAUCUUAAUUAAAUAACUUUUAUUUUACACCUUAUAUCAUAUCAAUUAUAUAUUCAUAUAAAUGUUGAUUAGUUUAUUUUUCCAAAUUAAUUUAUCUACCGUGGGUUUUCUCUCUCUUUUUUUUCAUUUAUUGAUUCAUUCUUUUGAAGUGAAUCUCACAAAAUGUGGGCUUAUUUUUGUCGCUUAAACAUUUGACUCUAUUUGUGUUAAAUGUUUAGUCUUUCUCCAGUAAUAUAAAACCCUGUGUGUAAUUGGUUAGUUGUCUCCGAUGUGUUUUUCUUUUCUUUCAAAAAAUUUUCAUCACAUGGAAAACAGUCUAAUAGUUGUUGUUUCGAAUAAAUUGAGCAUUGGGUUGAUUGUUAUAAAUAAAUAAUAUAUAUCUGUAAUAUCCCAAUGAGUAGAAAAUUAGAUUUUCUACUCAUUGGGAUAUUACAAAUAUAUUAUUUAUUUAUAAUAGUUAUUGUGUUAUUUUUAUUCUCUGCUAUGAUCGGUGCUCGUCAAUUGUCCAAUUAAAAAUAACCGAUUGUGAUACAUUAUCAUUAUAUACUUUUAAAUUGUGUAUUCAUGCUCUCUUGAUCUAUUAUUUCGCAUGUGUUUCUAUUCGUACUAUUAAAUUCGUUGACCUAAACAUACACACUUAUAUACACAUCGAAACAAUAUUAUUUUGUAUGAAGCACUAUUACUUCAUUUCAUGUGAACAAUUAUUACACUUUAUUCUAUUUUAUCUUUAUCCAACAUGUUGUUGUUGGCUAUUUUCUUAAUUAACUUGUUUAUGCACGUUUUGACUUUCGUGCAUUUUAUUUGACAUAUUAUGUUUAAAUCAAGAGAAAUUCUGUUGAACAAUUACAACAAAUAAUUUAUUUCUUUGUUUUUUUUCUUUCUUGCAGUACUUCACAUUAAGUACUUUCUUUAGUUAUAUGGAUAAAUAAUACUUUAUAAAAUAGUUUUUAUGGUUACAAAUACUGUGAAAACUAUGUUAAGCCCAGUAGCAAUGAAGUCUGUAUACAUACAUAUACACACACAUUCUUUGUACUGAUUUCUCUGUGUAGUUGAAUUUAUUCUAACUUUAUGUGAUAGAUAAUGCUUGAUACUGUUCCGCGUUCAAAGUGCUAAUGUUGGGAUAAUCAGUGCUGAACAUAUGAAACGGUGAUUGUGAAUGAAUAAAUCGUAAUCUUAUUCUGAAUUGUUUGCAUGCUAUCACCUAUACCAAUGUUGUAUAUGAUGAUGAAUUCAUCGAGAACUUGGUUUUAUGUUUCGAGCAAUUGUAUAUCUUAAUAAUUUCCACAGCACCAUUGUUUCCUUUUAUUUUUGAAAAAAGUAAUACUUAGUGUGAAAAAAAUAUAUGCUUUCUGUUU